AUGCCAAAAAAUUCAUGGGUGAAUACUAAUGAAAAUAAAUAUCAGCUCCAUGUUACAAUUCCUACUAUUGAUUCAACUAUUGAAUCAGAAAAUGUAGAUAAAAGAGUAGUUUAUAUAGGAGAUUUAGAAAAAAGAAAACAAGCAUAUGGAAUAUGUGGAGAAUGUAAAGAACCUGGAACAGGAAAAAAAUGGUGUAAAACAUGUAAUGCUAAAAGAAUUAAAGAUAACUUUAAAAAUUGGACUAGUGGAAAUAAAGAUAUUGAUGAAUUUAUACAGCAAUCACAACUUAAUGCUGUACAUUAUACAAAAUAUCUUGAAUGGAUACCUUUUGAAAAAUUUCAAAAUAUCACUUAUAUUGCGGAAGGUGGUUUUAGUAAGAUUUAUUCAGCUGAAUGGCCUGAAGGAUAUAUUGAUCAUUGGGAUAUUGAAAAUCAAAAAUGGUAUAGAGAGCAAUACUAUAGUAAAUAUGCAUUGAAAAGUUUGGAUAAUUCUUCUGAUAUAUGUUCAGAUUUUUUAAAUGAGAUUAAAUCUCAUCUUCAGAUUUAUUUUGUAGAUAUUGUUCAAUGUUAUGGAAUUACUCAAGAUCCAAAUAAUAAAGAGUAUAUGAUGGUUAUAUAUUAUUGUAAUGAUGGAAAUUUGAGAAAUUAUUUAAAUAAAUCUAAAAAUUAUAUAAAAUAUGGAUCAAAAAUGUUUGACUUACAACGAAUUGCAAGAGGACUUUUAGAUAUUCAUAAUGCUGAAAAAGUUCACAAAGAUUUUCAUUCAGGUAAUAUAUUAUUUUCAAGUAUUCCAUAUAUAAGUGAUUUAGGAAUGUGUCAACCAGCAAAUAUAAAGCAAACAGUUAAAGAAGAAGGAAUUUAUGGAGUAUUACCAUAUAUGGCACCAGAAGUUUUACGUGGACAACAAUAUACAAAAGCAGCAGAUAUUUACUCAUUUGGAAUAAUAAUGAAAGAAUUUCUUUCUGAAGAAAUUCCUUUUAAUGAUAUUCCUCAUGAUGAAUUUUUAGCUAUUGAAAUAUGUAAAGGACUUAGACCAACAAUUUCUAAAGACAUGCCAAAGUUACUUGCAGAUUUGAUAAUUAAAUGUUGGAAUGCUGAAAUAAAAAAUAGACCAACCAUUAAAGAGUUGUAUCAAACACUAAAAGGAUUGUAUAAUUAUAACACAUGCGAACUUUAUUUUCAAAUAAAAGAAUAUGAUAAAAUUAGUAAAGAAAAAUUCGAAAACAGAUCAAAUGAAGAUAAAUACAAACGUUUCAAAACGCAUCCACAAGCAAUUUAUACUAGUAGACUUUUAAAUUUCAAAAAUCUUCCAAAACCAGUAGAUUCUUUAGAUUUAUCAUCUUUUCUAUUCAGUUCAAACACUAGUUAUACUGCUCAAUCAACAUCAGCAAAUCCAAAACUAAAUGAAAUUUGUCAAGAUGAUGAACAUAAUAUUGAACGAAGUUUCUUUUUACGUGAAAGUUGA